AUGGUAGAAGUGAAGGCUCCUCCCAAAAGCCCUACCCCAUCCCUACCCCUGACCCAGCAGUGGGGCUGGAUCAACACUACCCUGGGAAAAACUGUCUUCUACCAGGUAUCAAACUGCUGUGUCCCUGCCCCAUGUACUAGUUGUGGCUACUCUGGGUUGCCGCCUCUCAAGGAGUCAACCAGUAGCAGACUGCUCUACACCCUUCUACAUGUGGGGGCCUCAGCCACUUGCUGCCUCCUCCUCUCCAGAACAGUCCUGGACACCCUCCGGGGCAAAGUGGGUGAGGUACUGAUCCCCUCUGGGCUGUGUACCAACCCCUCUGGACAGAAUGACUGCCCAGUGCCAAAUGGCUCUGGGGCUGUAUAUAGAGUGUGUGCUGGCACUGCUACCUUCUACUUGCUACAAGCUGUGAUCCUGAUUAAUGUCAACUCUUCUACUAGCCCCAGAGCUCGGCUGCAUAAUGGCUUCUGGCUCCUGAAGGUGAUGGUCUUGCUGGGGCUUUGUACUGCUGCCUUCUACAUCCCAGAUGAGCAUAUCUUUCCAGCAUGGCACUAUGUGGGUAUCUGUGGAGGCUUUGCUUUCAUCCUGCUGCAGCUGGUGCUCAUCACAGCCUUUGCUCACACUUGGAACAAAAACUGGCUGACAGGGGCUGCCCAGGAUUGGCGCUGGUUUGGGGCAGUGCUGCUGGCCACCAUCAUUUUCUACAUCAUAGCUGGAACAGGAGCAGUACUUCUAUUCUACCACUAUACCCAUCCUGCUGGCUGCCUGCUCAACAAAGCUCUACUUGGCCUGAACCUUUGCUUCUGUGGCAUCCUCUCUCUUCUCUCCAUCACUCCCUGCAUCCGCCUCAAACAGCCCUGCUCUGGCCCCCUACAAGCCUCCAUCAUUAGCUGCUAUAUCAUGUAUUUGACUUUCUCUGCGUUGUCCAGCCGGCCCCCAGAUAAGGUGCUACUUCGAGGACAGAAUCGUACUAUCUGCCAGCCUGGAGCAAACAAGAUGGAGGCACAGACACCAGACACCUCUCUGGCCAUUUUGAGUGCUGGAAUCAUGUAUGCCUGUGUGCUUUUUGCCUGUAAUGAGGCUUCUUAUCUGGCUGAGGUAUUUGGCCCUUUGUGGAUGGUCAAGGUUUACAGAUAUGAGUUUCAGAAGCCUUCCAUCUGCUUCUGCUGCCCAGACAAUCUAUCACCAGAAGAAGGAGGCAAUGGAAAGGAGGCAGGCUCAGGUGCACCACAGACACCUCACAGACUCUCUUACAGCUACUCUGCUUUCCACUUUGUCUUCUUCCUGGCUUCUCUCUAUGUUAUGGUCACUCUCACUAACUGGUUCAGUUAUGAAGGGGCAGAGCUGGAAACCACAUUUACAAGAGGUAGCUGGGCUACCUUUUGGGUCAAGAUUGCCUCAUGCUGGACCUGUGUGUUACUCUACUUGGGACUGCUACUGACUCCAACUUGCUGGCCAGCCACUGGAUCCUCCAGAACCCGUCAUAUUGUACGUCGGCGCUGGCGUCGAAUCCAAGUCUCUAUGUAA